UGGACAUGAGUUUUGCAGUGAUCGCAAAUCGAAUUACAUUCAUUCUUUCUUGAUCCUUACACCAUCUGCCGACUUCAACACAACAACAUUCUUUUUUUUAUUAUUUCUCUUAACCUCGGAUUUAUCAACACAUGGAUGCUACAAUAUGUCUUGUUCAAUUAUCACCACAUUGUCGUUGCUUUCUCUCUCUCGAUUACUCCAGAACACACACACACAAAAAUCUCUCGAUUACUCCUGAACACAAAAGAAAAUAAUUAAAGACUCUUAGCGGAUGAACAAUUGGGGAGUGUUGAAUUCAGAUAACGAAAAAGUUGAAAGAAAGAAAGAAGAAUGCAUCGUCGCGCACUUGAAGCUGCUGCAACACCAGCACCAUUGGUACUCAAUCAAGAAAGCUCAAAGGAUCAUCACUCUACAUCUUUCUUGUUGAUCUUCCUGGUGGGGUUGAUUGUGGUUCUGAUUUUGUUGAUUCUUGUAUUUGUUUUUCUCAAGUUUGUCAAACUGGCACAAUUGAAGAAGGCGGGAAAGCCUAAAAAGAGCGGAAAAGACACGAAAGAUUAUUUUAGCGGGAAUCUUCGAACAACAAACUAUUAUAGUUUUCAAGCACUAAAGAAGGCAACUAAAAAUUUCAGUGAGACUAAUCUUCUUGGUAAAGGUGGAUUCGGGCCGGUCUAUCUGGGUAAAUUAGAUGAUGGGCAGCUUGUUGCUGUAAAGAAAUUGGCCCUUGAAAAGUCACAACAAGGAGAAGCCGAGUUUCUUUCGGAGGUGAAGAUGAUCACGAGCAUACAACACAAGAAUCUUGUCCGACUUCUCGGUUGCUGUUCCGAAGGGCCCCAGAGGCUACUUGUUUAUGAGUACAUGAAGAACAGAAGUUUGGACCUCAUUAUUUACGGCAAAACCGAUCAGUAUCUCGAUUGGAACACUCGUUUCCAAAUAAUCUUGGGGAUUGCUCGAGGGCUGCAGUACUUACAUGAGGAUUCACACAUUCGGAUUGUUCACAGAGAUAUAAAAGCUAGUAAUAUUCUUCUUGAUGACAAGUUUCAACCAAGAAUUGGAGACUUCGGGCUGGCCCGGUUCUUCCCAGAAGACCAAGCUUAUCUUAGCACAACAUUUGCUGGAACACUAGGCUAUACGGCUCCUGAAUACGCGAUAAGAGGACAGUUAUCGGAAAAGGCAGACAUUUAUAGUUUUGGAGUGCUUGUGCUGGAAAUCAUUAGCUGCAGGAAAAAUACCAAUCUUAAUUUGCCACUAGAAAUGCAGUACCUCCCUGAAUAUGCUUGGAAGCUAUACGAGAGGUCAAAACUGAUCGAACUUGUUGAUCCAAGAAUGCGAAACGCAGGUUUCAUAGAAAAAGAUGUUAUGCAAACAAUUCAUGUGGCGUUAUUGUGCCUUCAAGCUAAAGCAAACAUAAGGCCACCCAUGUCAGAAAUUGUUGCAAUGCUGACUUGGAAGGUCGAAAUGGUCAAGUCGCCAUCAAAACCGACCUUCUUGGAUCGAAAAAACCGAUGGAAAAAUGAGAAACAUUCUUGGGAGACUGUUUCUGCUGAUUUUCCUUCAAAUCUUGAAAGUGAAUCACCUUGUUUAACACCACCUCCAAACUCGAGAGAUUUUACUGCCAGCCAAAGCUUCUCAGGAACAAUGGUGAAUGUUUAGUACAAAUAUAUGUUGUUUUUAUAUAUAUAGAUAUAAUUUUUUUUGUUGGUCCUUUGUUUUUUUCUUUACUAUAGAAGAAUAUGUGAAGUUACUUGUGUAUAAUAAUUUUGGUCAUGUCAUAAAAUAAGGGGAAAAGAGGAAACUCUGUAUCCAUAGAUUGUUUCAACUCUUCUCCAUGAGAAUAAAGAACUGAUCUUUCUAA